GAGUCUGAAGAAACCACGGAAGCCAAAGAAGCCAGACUGGACUCAAGCAGAGAAAGAAACGACUCUAAACACAGACUUCCUUGUCUACAUGAAUGAAAACAGCACGUCAGUGUGAAGCAGACACAGAAAUACAAGAACACUGAUUUCAGCAUGACAUCUUCAUCUGACAUGUGCCACAUGUAACUCAUUUACCUGUGAAGGGACCAAUCAGCUCUGAGACUGGAGUUUGAACUCAAAUAUGUAAGGAAUCCUUUGGAUGGACUGUCAGUCAGUGGGCAAGCAGAACUACUGUUGCCACUCAGAAGCACAGGAGCCAUGCCAUUGCAUCAUGUGUGUGGACUAUUUGUAGUCCUCAGUGCGUGUCUGAUUUCCUUCACACCACCUUGUGAUGGAGGGAACAUUCUGGUGUUCCCUGUAGAUGGCAGUCACUGGGUCAAUAUGAAAAUCCUGCUAGAAGAACUUCAUGCCAGAGGACACAACCUCACUGUGAUCAGGGCCUCCACCAGCUGGUACAUUGCAGAAAAGUCUCCUCUCUACUCAUCCAUUACAAUUGACAUGGAUGAAGGUUUAGAGAAUUUUUUUGAAGUGUACCUACAGGAACACAUGAGGGCACAGAGGGAGGGAGCUUCAGCACUGACUUUCUUCAAACUCACCAAGGAUUUCCUUUCUAUGAUUUCUGAGGCCCAUUCAUUGUGGUCUGAAGCCCUCGGUCAAAUCUUUGAUGAUGAAAAUAUGGUCAAAAGCUUGAGGGAUUCCCAAUAUGAUCUUGUUCUCACUGACCCAGCCAUUGCACCAGGGGUUGUAUUGGCCAAAUAUCUCAAACUACCCUUGGUGCUCAAUGUUCGCUGGAUCACGAGUGGAGAAGGCCACUUUGCAAUAGCCCCCUCACCACUGUCUUAUAUCCCAGUGCCAGGAUCGGGCUUGACCGACAAAAUGAAUUUCAUGCAGAGGAUCAAGAACCUGUUUUUCUACAGCAUUAUACUCUUCCAGCAGAAAUUCUUGGUGGGACCAAGCUAUGAUGCUCUCUGUGAUAAAUAUAUCGAGGGUGGAUGUGACAUCAUCUCGCUUCUUCAAGAAGCAGACAUUUGGCUGUUCAGGUCAGAUUUUGUGUUUGAAUUCCCUCGGCCUACAAUGCCAAAUGUUGUCUACAUAGGAGGGUUCCAGUGCAAACCUGCCCAGCCUCUGCCUGAUGACCUGGAGAAGUUUGUUCAGAGUGCUGGGGAGCAUGGAGUGAUCAUCAUGACUCUGGGAACUUUGGUUAAUGCUUUGCCCAAAGUGGUUGCAGAUGAAAUUGCCAGCAUCUUUGCCAAGAUGCCUCAGAAGGUGAUAUGGAGGCACAAAGGAGAGCGUCCCUCCACUUUGGGCAACAACACUCUGAUAGUGGACUGGAUGCCACAGAAGGACCUCCUGGGACACCCACAGACCAAAGUCUUCGUAGCUCAUGGAGGAACCAAUGGAGUCCAGGAGGCCAUUUACCAUGGGGUCCCUGUGCUUGGCAUACCCUUGUUCUUUGACCAGUAUGACAACCUUCUACGUUUACAGGAAAGAGAAGCUGGAAAGAUCAUUCAGUUAGGUGAUGUUAACAGCCACAGCUUUGAACAAGGUCUUAAGGAGGUGCUCCAUCAAGACAGCUACAGAGAGAACAUGCAAAGACUUUCACGUUUGCACAGAGAUCAGCCAAUAUCACCAAUGGAUCAAGCCAUCUUCUGGGUGGAAUAUGUCAUGCGCCAUAAAGGGGCUCCACAUUUGCGUACAGAGGCUUAUAAAAUGCCCUGGUACUCAUACUACUCUUUAGAUGUAAUGCUACUGUUGCUGGCUGCAGCAACUGUACUGUUGCUCUCUGUUUUGGCCAUUUUCAGGUGUAUAUGCUGCAGAAGUAGAAGAAAGACCAAAGCUAAACAACACUGACAGAGGACAAAUUUGUUUAGAAAUAUGGUAAGAUUGAUUCUCUAAAAAUGUUGUAUUUAGAGAAAAACAUACAUGUUAAGGUAUCUCAUUUGUACCUCUUUAUUUUUUAUGAAAUAAAAUAAUAAAAUCGCUCACCCGAUUUAGCUGUAUAAAACUAAAAGUAUAGUUAAAGUAAGAUAGCCUCCUUCCUUAAAAUCAGUUGUCAAAUGUAUCUUGACAGAUUUUGGUACUAAAAUACCCUCAAAUCAUUGGUGAUAAUCUCAUCUAGUCAACAUUAUUCUGUAAUUUCAGAAGUACAGAACCAAAACAUCAAUUACUCGAUGGCCUGACAUUGAUCAUUUUCAUGAUCUAAAUUUGAUGCCAUGCAUUUCUGAUGUACAAAACCCCAACACUUAACAUGCUGACGAUUUCAGGGCUAAAACAAAUUGAGAUGUGACAACACUAAGUCAUAUAAUCAAUAUAUUUUCUGAAGUGUCAAAUAUAUCUUGCCCCCGUUUCAUUUUUGAUUACAGCAAAGAUUAAUAAAUUUUUAUU